ACAAGAAAAUGAUCAGAAGGAAGAAUACGAAACUGAUGUACGCCAGACCGUGCCAAAGCACGCGCUAGAAAGACUCGAUACGUAUAAGAUGAUCACAGAUUUCAACAAUUCAUUGUCAUUGGUGAAUAUUUCAACAUCAGUGAUAACCAUACGGAAUAACACAUCUGAGGUCAGAAUUGGAGAUGACGUCAUUGUCGACAUUGAUUUGUACAACGGAGAAGGAGAGCGAACAACCCGUGGAGGUGAUAUGCUCAGGGUAUGGCUUAAAGAACCUUCCCGUCAUGCAUCUGUUUCCGGUUAUGUAAUCGACCAUGACAACGGGUCAUAUACAGGAGUUGUUAAAGCAAUGUGGGCCGGCAAUCCAGAGUUGAUGUUUUCUAUUGCAAACACGAAAGAACAUAUUGGAAUUUUCAUGAAUAUUGUGCAUAAAUAUGGCUUGAUCAAGUUUCUUCGAGCACGCUUCAUGAAAGGAAACUUGACGGAGAUAACUUUAUGUAGCAUCAUCCCAAAUAUUCCGGAUGUUACAGAUUAUUGCAACUUUACAACCCAGAACUUCAAUUUUUCCUUUUUCUGUGGUAAACCAAAACAUAUGAAUUUGGAUUGUAAAGAUUGGGUUUUGUAUGCAGCAUCGUCUAAUUACUCCUGCAACACGAAGAACAAAUCACUUAUGAGGAAUAGGUAUAUCAGAAAGAAAGUAGGAGUAGUGAAUGUAUUAACUGGUUCUGGUAAUACAGGAGAGUCUGAUAUACCCUGUCAUGACGUCAGCAGCUAUCUAACUUGGCACACCUCUAACCCGACUGGCUACUUCUACAACGAUACAUGGCGGUCGUUAAUCUGCAAACCUUCAAUCUCAUGGAAGUAUGAAUCAUACGACAAGUGUUUAAAGAAUCGCCCGGUACUCAUUACAGGUGACUCUACCACAAGGAAUUGGUAUGUUCCUUUGACCAAGCUGUUAAAUCUAACUAUAUCCGAUGGACGUCAUGAAAUUAAGGACGCUGCAUGGCAGAAAUUUGCUGAAGCAGAAAACAAUGAGAAAGCGUUAUCGUUAUAUUGGACACCACACGAAAUUCCAUUCUACGGCUCUGAAAGAACCGAACAAAAUAAAAACAAUUUCCGUUCUAUAGCUUCAAGAAUAGACGAUUUACCUGGACAAAAAAGCGUCAUUCUAAUAUUACAUUGGUAUGCUCAUUUGGCAAGAACAACUCCACAACAGUAUAGAGAGCAUGUGACGAGUGCCAAGCUUGCUGUAGUGCGUCUUUUAAAACGUUCUCCUGAUUCUAAAAUUCUGGUAAAGGGUCCCCACUCUUACACACACGAUUACUUUGUAGAACCAUUCGACUAUACCAGUAGAAUUUACAUUCAGAUUCUGUACGAAGAGUUCAAAGAUUUACAACAUAGAGUAUAUUUUAUCGAUCAAUGGGAUGCAACUAUAGCGAACGAGAAUUUUAACAUACACCCGGAAGCCUCAUUAGACCCAAUAAUGGUUAAUUUUGCGUUUUCAUUCAUUUGUAAAUAAUGACUCAAUGAAGAUUUGUUCUUGCUGGUUAAUCUGCCUGAUGCUGUGUGGUCCCAAUACUGCUGUCCCUUAUUGGCGAACACAUUUUCACCUCAACCAUCUCGCUGUGAUAAUUACGCCUCGUUUUCGAUAUGUCGUCUCUCUUUAAUUCAUGUUUUUGACAGGUGAAUGGACGAAAGACUGUCAAAAAGUCAGUUAAAUUAGGAAUAUGUGCGAGAUUUAAAAGUGUUCAUAUUUGUAUUGCCUGGAGGAUGACCAUCUUUAACUUAAAAAAAAGAUAGUUGCACCAUUAAAAGUAAAAAUACACUAUUUGACGGCUAUCUUGAAUUAGUCCACUCUGAUCAUGUGAGUGGUUGCUAAUUUAUCCAGGUCACUAAUUCAAAAAUAAAGCUUCAAUUCUUGUAUGUCAACUGUUGAAAUGUACGAAAAUCAUCUUCUUCAAGGUCACUUAAUUCGUGAAAAUAACACGAGCAUCAAUGGUUAUAGGGCCGGGUUGCAUUAUCGACGCCCCUUACAAGUGUCGGUUUGUGUUUCCCAGGAAGUUGAGAAACGCGCCUGUCGUAUCUCUCGUGGAUGUGUCCUUGGCCCUGUUUGCUCUUGAUUGCAUGAGAUGUUGUUAAUUGAGGUAGUCACCAACUACCUCAAUGAGAUCCAACCUCUUUGUGAUCCUGACUACACCCGGGGCGAUCAAGCUAGCAAAAUACAAAUAUCAAAGCAGUAGUUGAGGCCACUAUUCUUUUUGUGAACUACCUGUAACACGUGUAAUGUUAUUGUUGAAAACCAGUACUGUACCGGUCAAUAAUUAGGUAGUAAGACCCAUUCAUGCAUGAGUGCACGUGCUACAGACAAUUCCUUCAGUAUGUAGUUACUGUGUCACAAAGCAUCAUCACAUCAACUACUAUUUUGGAUACGAAAACGCCAUACAUUACCUGGAAUUUUUUUUUUGAUUUUUUUUUUCUUUUCUUUUUCUUUUUUCUUUUUUGAUUUUGUAAUUGUGCUGCCCUAGAUGGUAACAGAGGAAGAUCAUGUUAUUGUCAUGAAUUUAGUGACUUCAAAGAAGUUGAUAUCCGUACAUUUUUAGAUAAAAAAAUAAGAAUAAUGAAUUAAUUUCUUUUCAUAUUAAAUGGUGUUUUUUAUGAAUAUCUUUCCAAAGCAGUACCUAUUAAAAAUUUGUAAAAUACCACUGUCGGAUAAAUUUGCAAUUUGUCAUGCAGUCAUAUGAUCAGAGUGUACUCAUUCAAGACGGUCGUCCAAUAAUCAGUAACUCAAUUUAAAAAAAAACGCUUUAUAGAGUUUACUUGAGACGCCGCAACAAAAACGCUAUAGUUAAAAGAAAACUUAGUACGCGGAGGUACUGUUGUUUAACGGGUUGUGCGCGAUUUCUAAAUUAAAACCGCUUCCUGCUGGAGAUUCCUGCAUGAGUAGCGCAUGCGUUUGUGUACAUAAAAACACUGUGUGGGUCACGUAGCUAUAUUUCAUUUCCAUUAAGUGUUUGGGUAUCGUGUUUAUAACUUGAUUGUCUGUUUACAUCCAAAUAUAUGGUUUUACCGACUGAACACGCCAAGUCGGCGGUUUUACUACCGGACAUAAAUGAAUCACGAGGAAUCAUCAAUAAAAUUUUAACGUUAGACAAGUAUUCAUACCUUAGACCAUCCCGUCUCUGAAUUGUGUGCCUUUCUUUUUAUACGUUACAAAUAAAAGAGUGAUAGUGAU